AAGUUCUCUCUGUCCAACAUACUUGUGUGCACUUUCACGAAGCUUCGGUCCUCUUGUCUAUCUCAACCCUAUAAUAACUUAAUGGCAAAAACGACAUAUCGGUGCAUACAGGAUACAACUGUCUUUGUUGUUAUCAAUGGGAGAUGAUGAAGACGUCUUGAUCAAUGCGCAAAUAGAUGAAGGUUCAAGGCACGACAGGAAAUAUACAAAAAUAUGGGCAAACUCCAAUCAAAACAUGCCUGUAAACGCAGAGAAAAUCCUGAAGGUGGUAGUUUUGCUGCCAAUGUGCUCACCUAUCAGAGAGAGCUAGAAUGUACAGACCUCCACACCCACCAAAUCAGAUUCAAGCAGCCUCAGGUCAUAGACCCAGUGAGACACCAAAGCUCUCCCUCACCCACCCUGUUCACUGUUAGUCCUGCAGUGAGACACCAAAGCUCUCCGUCCCCCACCCUGUUCACUGUUAGUCCUGCAGUGAGACACCAAAGCUCUCCGUCACCCACCCUGUUCACUGUUAGUCCUGCAGUGAGACACCAAAGCUCUCCGUCACCCACCCUGUUCACUGUUAGUCCUGCAGUGAGACACCAAAGCUCUCCGUCACCCACCCUGUUCACUGUUAGUCCUGCACUUGGUCCAUCGCUCCUCUCCCUCUUUUUCCAGCAGUCCCUGAGCGAUAAGAGCCCCCUACAGGUGGUACUGCCAUCAGAGAAGGGAGGGGAGAAGGAGAGAGAGAGCUACAUCCACAUUCCAUUCAGACAGCCCAGGAAGAGGAACAGCCACGUUGAUGACACAGAGUGCAAUGUGGUGUUGGAGGAUGACACUCGACAGGAGUGGAUCUUCACACUGUAUCACUUUGACAACAGUGGUAAAGUCACCAAGGAGGAUAUGUCCAGUCUCAUGCAGUCCAUCUAUGAGGUGGUUGAAGCGUCGGCCAUGCAGCCUUCAUUUAACAGCACAGCCCUGAAGGUCAAACUGGUGGUGGCCCCCUCCAGCAGCUCCAGAACAGGGGACAGAAUAGAAGAAGUCCAGCAGGAGGAGGCAGGGAGCCCAGAGAGGACUUUUCACUGUGUGGAUGAAAACACAGAACGCAGGAACCACUACUUAGACCUAGCUGGGAUAGAGAACUAUUCCUCCAAGUUUGACGAUGCAGACGCCCCCUCUCAGGUGCCCAGACCGGACGCCCGCUCAGACCAGCAGCGCCACUCAGUGGUGGUGGGGAAGAACUGCGGCCCUACAGAGUCCAGAGGCAGGGGCCUUUCCUUCCUCAGGUCUCUCAGGGGCCAAGCCAAGGUAGUGGGGGGAGACAGAGGAGGGGGAGGAGGAGGUAGGGAUAAAUCAAGCAAGCUCCAUGGCCACCACCCCUCCAAAUGGUGCCACCCCUCUCAGCCAUACUCCCAGCCCCAACUCCCCUUACAGCACAGCCAGAGCAAGAGGCUUCGCUCCAGGGCCAGAGAGGCUGGGUCCCCCUCCAGAACCCUACUCAAUGUGCAGCGAGAGAGUGUGGUGCUGUCCAGUCUGCCUGCCUCCUCUAGGGGCUUGAUCCCCUUGGUUCAGAGGCAUGAACACCACCACCACCAUGAGCACCAUCACCACCACCACCACUAUCACCCCCCAGCAUGACUGCAGUCUGCACUCCACUCAGGGAUACAGAGACUGAGAGACACACCUCCCUGUGGUUUAGCCUAUAGCUAGGGCCCUGGGUGGUUUCUGGUCAGAUCAGGUGGGCCUAAAUAUAGUAUAGGGCUGUGGGACACAAUCACUCUCCAUACUAAGGAAUAAUAUUAACUCUGUACAAAAAUUAGCUUAUGUGCCUUGUAUUGGUGACUGAGUUUACUCACCUUUCGAAGCACUCUAGACUGAAGUUUCUUCUCAGGUUUCUAUAGAUGACCACUUUCAUUUAAUAUAAUGAUUUAAACAGUCACAAUCUACAUAUGAGAGUAAAUGCAGUAUGUUUUGUAUUGUCUGUAUUUUGAUGUAUGAAAGCAUGAUACACUUUGCUUGUGAUCAUUGUAGUGUGUCAAUUGAAAAAAGUCUAAUGAAGGCUGAUGCUUUCAGAUUUGGGAAGAAGAAAAAUGUAAAACAAUUUGUAAGAAGUAAUA